UCUAAUAGCACAGAGUUUUUUCCGUUCUUGCGCUGCAGCUAACUUAAAGUUCCUUAGGAGUGCAUUUGUGUGUUUACCUUUUGCUCCAGGGGGGCAGUGUUUGCAAAUGCAAGAAGGCUCUCUGGGUUUGGCUUCCCGGGUAAGCCAAGGUUUUGGGGCUUGCGCAAGCCUAACAAUGUGUGGGGGCACCCCGUUUGUGUGUCUAGCCCCAGUAAAUUUUGUGACAUUUCUGGUUUCUCUUUUUUAAAGUUCAGCUUGAGAAGUCUCUCUGUCAAAACCCUACCUUAAGGAAGAAAUCAUGUACCUCUUAAGCAAGUUGGCGAAAAAAAAAAUAAUCAUGACAAUACUAAUUAAUAGGAUCAAAUUGAUUUUGCACCAGGAAAUUUUGUGCAGCUGCGACGGCAAAUCAUCACACAAAGUGUUCAUUAUUUUUAAAGUUUAGAAAAAUUAACACGAAGUGAGAGUAAAUAUAAGGUAUAAUUUGGUUGGAGAAAUUGCAUAUGUAAGUAAAGGGAACUGUUAAUUUCAGCAAGUGAUAGAAUAGUAGGGGACUGACUUCUGUUAAAUAUUUUUUUCUUCUGUCCUUGAGAAAAAAAUUUUGAAAGAUACUUUUUCAUGUUAAGUGUCAGGAAGGGGUUGCUCGCCCACGAUGAAGGCAUGCUGGCUGUGGAGGAGGACAUGCACCUGCCAGAUGUGGGCAGAACGCAGCAUUUAGGCUCUGCUAUAGUCCUGAAAUACCUCCCUUUUCAUGGAAUUGUAGUUGCAGAGACAGUACCUGGGGAGUUUAAGUAUCCACGUUAUUUGAUGAAUGUUAAUGUUGGGUAUGAAUGUAAUCUCAACUUAUAGGAAUCAAUUGAAUAGUUUAUUCUGUUAUUUAUCUACAAACCAUUUAAAAGUUUUUGCUGAAGAUGUCCCUAUUAAAUUAUGAACACACUUUUGCAGUUCAUUCUCUCUUUGCUGUAUGUUUAAUAAUAAGCAGCCAAGAGUAAAUAUAUUCAACUGACUAUGCUACUAGAAGUGAGGCAAUGUCCCAAUUUGUGAAAAGCUUCUCCCCUGGGAGCCUUGUUAAUAGAUUCACUUGUUACAUAUGGAUAGGUGUGCAAUCAGGCUUCUUUAAGUUAGUCUGUUAACGGGGCAAUCCCUUUUAGAAGAUAAAAGAUAGGGAAAGGACAAAUGCUCUAUUUUGUUCUUGUGUGGUCACACUCACUUAGGUCACCGCCUGCUGAAUCAUGCCAAGUAAUAGUUAUUCUACUUUUGUCCACUAGGGACUGAACUAAGAUCACUGUUAUUUUAUUUGACACAUUAACUGGCACUUAGUAGUUCUACAGUUUCCAAACCUGAUAUUGUAAUCUUUCUGUUACAGACUGUAAGACUGUGAUAGGCAAUCAGUAGGUAGGCAGAAGAAUAAAAAGCAAAUAGAGCUCUCAGUUUUCUGUUUUUUUAUAAUUGUAACUAAAAUUUUUAGGCACUACUUACAGUAGUAGUUUAUAAUAGGAUAUUUGUUUUUUUCUUUGGUAAAAUGUAUUUCCAUUGUAAACAAAUGAUUUUGGUUGAAUAGCUUGUUAUUAUCCUUCAGUACAUCAUCCAUAUAGUUUUCAGUGAGAAUUCAAUCAUUAUAAAUUAGUCUGGAUUCUUUGAGGGAAUGAGGAGGAAAAUUUAUUCCCAAGUUGUCCUGAAUGAUCUAUUCUACCAAAAAUGUAAUGUUUUGUUUGCUUAAAACGUAUAAUCAAAAUAGUGUUUCAAACAUAGUAAUGCAUAUUUCUUGUUGCUAUGUAAUUAUUCAGCAGUGACAGGGUAAACACAUAAUUCUGCUGGGCUUAAAUCAUGCACGUGUUUCAUAUGUUAAUUUAUUUUGCAAAAUAAAUUUGAUUCUUGUUUGCAUUGUUCUUGGACAAUGAUUAUGGGAUAGCUUUCAGAUUAUAGCCAAGAAUAACUAUGAAAAUGUUCUUUGGUUACAUUGACCCUUUCAAGUGUAAAAAUCAAGCUGAAUAUAUGCUGAAUGCGUCCCUAUUGGUACGAGCCAGAGCAGUUUGGCUUGACUAUUGUCAGUUUAAAUUUGCAUAUCUUUUGUCAUUGUCAAUGUGAUUGGUUGGAGGAUCAAGAAACCAAAUAAAUGCAUUCUGUAAAGAACUUGCUAAAGGCUUUCAUAAGUUUCCUUUAACUAGGGGUUUUCUUAACUCCAAGUUCUAAACUUCAUGUGUUAUAUUUAUUCUGAUAAUUGAAAUGGUAAUCUUUCUACUGUAACCAUUUGGAAUGCUCAGUACUACAAUUUGUAUUACUUCUAUUUUGAUUCUAAGUAGUUGCCAUAGGAAGAAGCAAUACCCUGCAGAAACUGAGGCUAUCAGAGUAUCUUGAGAAUUAUAUUGUGGAAAAUAUGAGAUCGGAGAUGGCCCAGAUACAGCAGAACGCAGUUCAGAACCACACGGCUACCAUGCUGGAGAUAGGAACCAGCCUCCUGUCUCAGACUGCAGAGCAGACCAGAAAGCUGACAGAUGUUGAGACCCAGGUACUAAAUCAAACUUCUCGACUUGAGAUACAGUUGCUGGAGAAUUCAUUAUCAACCUACAAGCUAGAAAAGCAACUUCUUCAACAGACAAAUGAAAUCUUGAAGAUACAUGAGAAAAACAGUUUAUUAGAACAUAAAAUCUUAGAAAUGGAAGGAAAACACAAGAAAGAGUUGGACACCUUAAAGGAAGAGAAAGAGAACCUUCAAAGCUUGGUUACUCGUCAAACAUAUAUAAUCUACGAGCUGGAAAAGCAGUUAAGCAGAGCUACCACCAACAACACUAUCCUUCAGAGGCAGCAACUGGAGCUGAUGGACACAGUCCAUAACCUUUUCAACCUUUGCACUCAAGAAGGUGUUUUACUAAAGGGAGGAAAAAGAGAGGAAGAUAAACCAUUUAGAGACUGUGCAGAUGUAUAUCAAGCUGGUUUUAAUAAAAGUGGAGUCUACACUAUUUAUAUUAAUAAUAUGCCAGAACCCAAAAAGGUAUUUUGCAAUAUGGAUGUCAAUGGGGGAGGCUGGACUGUAAUACAACAUCGUGAAGAUGGAAGUAUAGAUUUCCAAAGAGGCUGGAGAGACUAUAAAAUGGGUUUUGGAAAUCCCUCCGGUGAAUAUUGGCUGGGGAAUGAGUUUAUUUUUGCCAUUACCAAUCAGAGGCAGUCCAUGCUAAGAGUUGAGUUAAUGGACUGGGAAGGGAACUGGGCCUAUGCACAGUAUGACAGAUUCCACGUAGGAAAUGAAAAGCAAAACUAUAGGUUGUAUUUAAAAGGUCACACUGGGACAGCAGGAAAACAGAGCAGCCUGACCUUACACGGUGCUAAUUUCAGCACUAAAGAUGCUGAUAACGACAACUGUAUGUGCAAAUGUGCCCUCAUGUUAACAGGAGGCUGGUGGUUUGAUGCUUGUGGCGCCUCCAAUCUAAAUGGAAUGUUCUAUGGUGCGGGACAAAACCAUGGAAAACUGAAUGGAAUAAAGUGGCACUACUUCAGAGGGCCCAGUUACUCUUUACGUUUCUCAACUAUGAUGAUGCGACCUUUAGAUUUUUGAAAGCCCAAUGUCAGAAGUGAUUAUAAAAAAAGCAACAAAGAAAUCUGGAGAAGCUACCAGGCAAGAAACCGCUUGAACACUUCAGAAGUGAACAAUAUUGUCUUUCUCCCAGCAAUAAAUGGUAGUUAUGUGAAGUCACCAACAUUCUUGACUGUGAAUCUGGAACCUUUUGAGUUCACAAGAGUCUCUACUUGGGGCGACAGGGCUCACAUGGCUCGACUAUCAAAAAUUCCACUGACUGUCGGGCUUUAAAAAGGGAAGAAACUGUUCAGAUUGCUGUGCUUCAAACUACUAGUGCAUCUUAUUUUGGAAUUACGGUAGGCAGAUGAUAAAUAUGAUUAAUUUCAUGUAGAACAGAAAAAAAAAAGAGUGAAAAAAAGUAAUAUACAUGAAGAAUACAAACAAGCCUGCCAUAAUCCUUUGGAAAAGGUAUAUGACACCAGUGAAAAGGUGUUAUAUCUAUGCAAACCUACUAACAAAUUAUACUCUGGCACAAUUUUGAUAAAAAUUUAGAACAGCAUUGUCUGCUGAGUUGGUUAAAUGUUAAUGGAUUUCAGAAGCCUAAUUCCAGUAUCAUACUUAUUAGUUGAUUUCUACUUACCCAUCUUCAAAUGAAAAUUCCAUUUUUGUAAGCCAUAAUGAAUUGUUGUACAUGGACAAUAACUGUGUGAUAAAAACAAACUCCAUUACUCUGAUUUUUGAUACAGUUUUCAGAAGAGAAACAGAUAUAAUCAAGGAAGAAUAUAUGUGGUGAAAAAUUACUACCCCCAUACUAUUGUUUUCAUUUACUCUAAAAACUGAUUGAAUGAUAUAUAAAUAUAUUUAUAGCCUGAAUAAAGUUAAAAGAAUGUAAAAUAUAUCAAGUUUCUAAAAUAAUAUACAUGCAUUUAAUAUUUCCUUUGAUAUUAUACAGGAAAGCAAUAUUUUGGAGUAUAUUAAGUUGAAGUAAAACCAAGUACUCUGGAGCAGUUCACUUUACGGUAUCUACUUGCAUGUGUAUACAUACAUGUAACUUCAUUAUUUUAAAAAUAUUUUUAGAACUUCAAUACUCACCCUGUUAUGUCUUGCUAAUUUAAAUUUUGCUAAUUAACUGAAACAUGCUUACCAGGUUCACACUGUUCCAGUUUCUAUAAAAGAAACACUUUGAAAUCUAUGAAAAAUGAAAUAAUUAUAAAUAUCAUUGUACAUAGCAUGUUUAUAUUCAGGAUAAACUUAAUAGCUGAUUAAUCUGGAAUAUGCAACAUUGUCCUUAAUUGAUGCUAAUAAACAAAAAUGCUCAAUGAACUCUACUAUAUUUCUUAAUGACAUACAACACCCUUCAUAAUUUUCUCUUUCAGGCCAUUCCCUUAGGCAAUUUUUAAUUUUUAAAAAUUAUUAUCAAGGAGAAAAGUUGGCAAAACUAUUAUAUAUAAGGGAAAUAUAUACAAAAAGAAAAUUAAUCAAAGGCACCUGAAUAAGAAAAAUUCUGACUGCUAGUUGCUAUAAAUAACUUAAUGAAAAUAUUCCUAUGGGAUAAUCUAUUUUAAGUGAAUUUUGGGGGUGCUUGAAGUCACUACAGUAUUUUAUCAAGAAGUCUUCUCUGCCUCUAAGUGUCCAAGGUUAUAACAGUAAACAGUUUUUAUUAAAAUGUGAGUCACUAUGGGAUGAGAAAAUUGAAAUAAAGCUAUUGGGUCUCCUCUCUUGUAAAGGAGACAGUUUGUAGCAAGGUAGAAAUACCAGUUUCUGAGUUGGUGACUUGAUUCACUAUGCCUUAGUGGUUUCCUCCAUUUGAGAAAAUAAAGCUAUUCACAUUGUUAAGAAAAUAUUUUUAAAGUUUACCAUCAAGAAUUUUUUUAUAUUUCUGUAUCUGUAUUCAACCCCUUUUUGCCUUAAAGUGAUAUCUGCAGGUAUGAUACCAUUUUUCUAUUCUUGGUGACUCCUUCAUAGCAGGUAAGCUUCUCUCUCUAAAAACUUCUGACUGUUUUCAUUUAAGGGAAAGAAAAUGAGUGUUUUGUUGUUUUGUGUUCCUACAGAUAUUUUUUUAACCAGACUUUGGAUAAAGAAUACUAUUUCCAAAUUCAUAUUACCAGAAUAAAAUAAAAUAAUGAAAAAAGCAUGCUAUUUACCGUUUUGUUGUCUUGGUUUGAGAAAUGAAAUAUUGUUUCCAAUUAUUUAUAAUAAAGCAGUAUAAAAUGUUUUAUGGCUCCAUUAUGUGCAUUGUGUAAUAAUGCCUACAUGUUUAUGGCAAUUUAAUAUGUAUAUCCUUUGCAUUUAAUUAUUUCAGAAUAGGAUUAUUAGGUAUUAGAAUUUUGUCUUUAAAAUUCAUGUGGUUUCUAUGCAAAGUUCUUCAUAUCAAUGCAACAUUAUUUGAUUUGAAUAAAAUUGAAAAUAAUAUUUGUGCAA